UAGUGGUUAGAAGAGAAUAAAAAGUCAACAUUGGAUUGAAAUUGAAUUGUUGAAUUGUGUUUGUCGAUUAUGGUGUAGCGGUUUUGUGAUAAAAGGCAAUUCUUUUGGAGUAAGCAAUUAGCAUCGUAAUAUAAAAUGAAAAUAUUCAUUCUUUUGACAUACAAGUCAUUCUUUUGUAAUGUCGGACAUGAGUAAAUUAAAUAGCUUUAGCGUUCCAGAGGAGGCAUUUGAAAGUUUUCAAGCCUCAUCUACUCAUAAAGAAAUGGAUUUGAAUACUCAUAAUGUGUCUAUCCCGAUACCGGCUUGCGCAAGCAACGUAGAGAUAUCAUCUACAAUAGAAGAUGAAGUCCAAAGUAUAAACAGUACAUCAAUAUCUCAAGACACGGCACCGUCUUUGGAACCAUCAAAAAGAUGUUUAAAACGUAAAUCCCAUAAUAUGUCAGAGAAUAUAACUAUCGACAGUACAAUGAAAGAUCAACAGGUGAGCACUACACAAGAAUCUUCUGAAACUGUUAAUGAAGAAGAUGAUUUACAAGAGAAUAAAGUAUUUCUUGAAGACAACAAACCCAGACGGCCAAGAGGACGACCACCAAAACGUAAGGCCGGAAAACAAAGACUACAAACAUCACCGGUUAAAAAGCAAGAAAACAACACUUUGCAAACUAAUACAGGUGAUACUACUGCAGAAAUUCUUAUCUCUCAGAACUAUGCAAUGACAGAGAAUCAAGUUGUUGAUAGUACAACAUCCCAAAUACACAAUGAAACUAAUAUUGACCAUAUGAAUGAACAACAACAAAAACCAAAUCAAAACGAAACUAAUAAAGAGUUGGAAAAUGUCUACAGUGAAACUGUAUAUGUUAUUAAUACUAAUAAGGAUGAAGGAAAUAGUAGCAUUAGAAGUAGUGAUGACAGUUUAAAUAAAAUAGAUAAUGUAGACACUCUUGAAGUAAAAAAAGGCAAUAUUACUGCAGGUUGUGUACCAGCAAAAGAUGAUACUGGAAGUGAUGAUGAUGGUGAUGAAAUUUCUUUGAGUAAACUGAAGAAAACACUGGCAGACCUUGAUAAUGAUAAUGCUUUGGUGCAAUCAGAAGACACUGAUUUACAAAACUUAAUUGAAGUGAAAAUAGAGACAACAAACAAAAUUACAAAAAAAAGGUCAUCCAAAAUGCCAGUUAUGUCAGAUUUUGUAUAUGACAUUAGCAGUAUUGGUGGUGAAAAUACUAAGGAAAUGAAAACAGAUGAACCAACAUUGAUAGAUAAUGCCACUUCAGUUGAAAGCUCUAGUGGUAGACCACAGCGUAAAAGAGGAAAAGUUAAUUUACAUUAUGAUGAUAGCUCCGAUGAAGAUCCUUUUGCUAGUGUAGAACUAUCUGAUGACGACAGUGAACCCAGAAAGUCAAAAAAAAGUAAGAAAUAUAACUCAGAUGAUGAAUAUGUACCAGAUGAAAAGUGUGAAAAAAAAUUAUCAACAGAUAGUGAUAUUGAAAAAGAUGAAGUAGAAUUGAAUAAACCAAGAAAAAAGCGAAAAAGUAGGGUUUUGAAGAAAAAACAAAAGAAUCUGGAUUCAGAAAGACUUAACCCAACAGAGUCAAUUGAUUUAUCCAAUUGCCAAGAUGAGGAGGAUAAUGAACUCUCUUUUGGAAAUUCUCAUGAAAAAAAGAGUAAAAACAACACUAAUACAUGGGGUAACACAAAUGAAUUUGAAAAUUUUCUAGCUAAGAGGAUACAAGGUACUAAUUUAAAAAUAAAAAGGGUGACUAAUAAGGAACAAAGUGCAAUCACACAUUUGGAAAUCCCUGUUAUUAAUUCUUAUACUAAAACUGCUGAUGUUUAUUCACAAACAAACACUACAAAACUUUCUACUACUGCAGUACAAACCACAUCACAUUUUGACAUUCAAAUGGAUAAAAAUAUACCACUCACUGCGAUACAAGCAGAAAAUGCAUGUGAACUUUUAACAGAUAUGAUAAAAGCUACUUCCAAAUUAGGUAAACUAAUGACUCAAAAAUCAGAUGAUUUUAUUCAGAAAAAAAUUAACACCAGUAAUCUUACCGAUACAAUCAAAAUGGAUCAUUAUGUAAAAAAAUCAUUAUUGCUAUUUAAACUUGCCAAAGAUAGUAUUAUGGAUAUUGAAGAAUCUUUGGCUAGUAAAUACGAUGAUUUUUUGAAACAACAUAAAUUAUCACGAUAUACAUCAGUUCCAAAAUUAUUAUCACCAACCAUAGCAUUAAAAGACGACGAUAGUGACUGUGAAAUUGUCGAAGAAACUUCAGGACAUAAUAAACAAAAUGUCAAAGGAAAAAAUCAGUCGAAGUUUAAUCUUAAGACUGUGUUUCUAAAUAAAGAAUUAUCAAUAAAAAUUGCCAAAAAGCCAAACGAGGAGCAAAAGAUACAAAAUAAAAUCAACAUAAAAGGGAAAAAUUCAAUGUGGAUAAGUGAUUCGGUGUUAGUUAAAAAAGUUAAACCCACUCAGUCUUUUUUAGCCCAGGACAGCCGAAAUAAAAAACCACCUGAUACAUAUGUUACAAAUGAAAUGGUAAGUGAUUUUUUUAAGAAAUAUUAUCAUGCCACCGCACUAUCUAAUUGUGCACAUUUGCUAAUACCUGAGUGGCAGGAUUGGAGGAAUUUGAAGAUCUGGCAAAAUAGAGUUUGCUGCUAUUACUUUAGUGUUGAACCAAUAAACAUGAACAAUAACCUUAGUUAUUUUCAAGGUUCAGUAAAUGUAAAUGUCAAUGAUAAUUCUAAUACAAAUUGUGAUACUGCCACUAAAUACAAAAAUCCAAAAAGCCUACUUACGCUAAGCAUUCAGGCUUUACAAAAAAAAAUGAUACAAGUAAAAAAUAAUGUUCAGAGCGAAAAAGAGAUCAGUCAUAAAAGUGAUGCUAUUACAGAUUUGAAGACGAUCAACAAUGCUGAAAAAUUGAUUAGUUUGUGUCUUCAUAAAAUUAAACAUAUUUUUAACAAUACCCAUCAAAAUAUAGACACAGUACAGAAAACUAGUAUAAGUUUGCCAUAUGAUAAAGUUUCCAGUCUUAAAAUGUUGUGCUACCAUCAGAUGGUUAAACAUUUUUUCUCUUUUAAUAUUAUACAAGAAAUUAACAACACACGGAUCAAAGAAAAGGAGUGUAGCAAUCUUAUACAUAACAAAAAGAAUACAUCUUUACUUUUUCUUAGUCCUAAUACAAAAUUAGAAUUUGAUAAAAAUAUUAAUGCUGCUAACAGUGCUUCGACUAUGAGAACAGUCACUCCUCUGCAAACCUUGUGUUAUCACACAAUUAUACAAAACUUUACAUUUGCAAAAAAAGACGAGAAACUUGAAAUAAACUCAUGUUAUAAAGUAAACACCUUACUUACCCUGUCUUUAGAAGUUAUAAGGUGUUGUCGGAACAAUAAUGUAACAUAUAAAAGGCCCAAUAAAGACAACAACAACAAAGGUAACAAGACAGUAUCAAAACAUCAAGUUGAUACAUUAUUGUCACUUUGUUUAAAUGUAAUACGUAGAAACCAAGGCACUGAUAUUAGUAGUGUAAAGAAAAUAAAUGAACUCAAGGGAGAAACUAUCACCGCAUCAACAAAACAAGGCAAGACCAUUGAUAACAUAGACAACUGUCAUAACUUGAGUAUGAAACAAAGUAAUCAACUAAACUACAAAAAUGAUAAAAUUGAACAUUUUACACCUAAGUCCUUAAAACAAAUCGCCUUGUCUUACCUACUAAGUAUUAAGACAAACAGUGAAAAUAUGGACAGUGGCAAUCUUAAUUCUAAAAUAGAAAAUCCAUCAUGUAUUUUAACAAAUAAUGAUAAUGGUUUGGAACAAUUUGAAAAUAUAUGUGAAGUUGGAAAUUGUUUGAUAGAAUCAGUACAAUACGCAUCCAAUCCUGUGUGUGUUAAAUCAUUGUUUCAACUUUGUUCCGAAAAAGUAAAAUUAAUAUAUCAGAGUGAAAAUGAAUUGAUUCAAAAUUCUGCAUGUAGCAGUAUACAAAUAAAUUCUGUGAACACAGUACCUGAAGAGGUAUUUUUUAGUUUUCAAGAUGUAACAUCAAAUCCUGAAGAAUGUAAUGUAAACAAUGAUGAUGAAGGAGGAACUUAUGAUGAUAACUUGUUGGAUUACAGUGAAGAGGAAACCCACAUAGAAGAUUGUAAUGUUGAAUCCAAACAACUAGUGGAAGAAAUAUUCCCUCCAACUGAAACUGAUGAUUUUAAUUGUAUUGACCACAGGGAAGACUCACUUACUGCUGUAAUUAGUAACAUAUCAUCACUAGCUCAAAUAAAAAUAGAACCGAUAGAGAAUUAUAUGCAGGAUGUUGUUCAAGUUAAAACAGAACCAGACCUUGAACCUAUUCUGAUGCCAAGAAUUCAAUGUAUACAAGCCGCAAAACUGGAAAAUUGCUUCGAUUCGCCCAAUAUCACUAGUGAAGUAUUAUCUAAUUUUGGUAAUAACUUUGAUUCCUUCGAAUCGACACUAAAUCGAAAAGGAACCGAAGAAGUGGUUGGCGAAAAAACCAAUGACGAACAAAAAGUCUUUAGUCAAAGCUCGUUAAGAAUUCGUAGGCAAUUCGAACCUGAUUCUGACGAUGACAACGAUAAUACUAUGAGCUUAUUGGUACCAAACAGUUAUGAGCCAUUGGAUGACGAAAUUAUUAGAAAUAUUAUGCCAAAUGCAAAUCGUACCCUGGAGGAAGAAGGGAAGAUUGAGAAAAAGAAGAAGAAAAAUGACAAACGGAUUGAAAAGAAGAAGAACAAAUCAAAAACUUUAACUCCAAAAAGUGUUGAUGAAAUGGAGGAACUACCAUCGGAUAAUGAAAAUAAUGUUUUAAAAGAAAAGUUGGAUGAUAGAAAAGUCCAAGAAGUGGAAGAAGCUGAAAGUUCUGAUGACUCAUUCAACAUUGUAUUGAGUUCAAGAAGAAAGAAUAAAUCAAGAAGGAGUAGUGAACAAGAACUCCAAACAAAAAGUAAGCAAAAAUCAACUACUGGUGAAAUACAGUGUAACGAUGUUGAUUCUACUCAGGACACGAAUGAAAAUAACGAACCCAAUGAAGAGGAGAAUAUUAAAGAAGCAGAUCAUACUGGUUUACUGGAAUAUAAUGAAUAUAUUAAUAAUCUUUACUCAAAACUCAAAAGGCAAGAGGCGUCAAAUGCGACGAAGGAUUUAACGGAUACCAUAUGUAACAAAGAAAGUCAUGACGAAAAAGAUGACUUUGAUAGACCCUUUUCACCUGUAUUUAAUACUGAUGAACCUGUAGAAUUACUGCAAUGCGAACCAAGCUUGCCAUUUUUAGAUGAUAUAGUAAAGAAUAGAAAAAGUAAGAAAAGUGUAAAAAACAUCGAAUCAUUAGAAUCCAAUGUAAGGCCUGAGACACGUGACCUAAAGGCUUCUAACCUAAAUCAAAAUACUUCUGAUAGGAAAUACAAUGUUACCAAUGAUGUUAAAUUAUGUCAACAAGCUAUUGUGGCUUUAGUAAAAUUACCGGAAAAUGUCGCAGAAAGUUAUUUUAAAUCUCAAGAUAUUAAAAUCAAAGAUAAAUAUAAAAAUACAUUAGAAAGGUGCGAAAGUAUACCAUCAUUAGAUAAAAAUAAAAGCGAGAAUUCAGAAACUACAGACAAGUCCAAUGUACCUGAAAUUAUUGAUAUAAAGGACGACGAAAGUAAUGACAGUAAUCCAGUGACAACUUUUGGAGAAGAUUCAAAUCAAGAAUCAUUACCAGUGCUCCCAAUUUGUGAAAGUACAAAUAGUUGUCGUAAACCAGACUGUGAUGAGAUAGAACUCGAAAAACUUAUAAAGAAAGAAGAAGAAGAAAAUAGAUUGAAAGAAGAAACAUCAGAUGAAGAAUUGAAGUAUACAAAAAAUUUGCGAUCUCGUAAACUUUCAAAGAAGGAAACGAAAGAAGCUAAAGUAGAGAAUGACGAUUCUAAAGCAAAUAAUGACAACGAUACCGCUCUGUUGACAGCUGAUAAAGUUAUGAAGAAGGAUCUUUUACUAUUACAUGCACCUGUGGAGGACAAUGAACUUGCCACCAAUCUUUCUAAACAUCCUACAAGAAGUAAAAGAAAAUCAGAUGGUACUGCACACAAAGAUGACAUAAACGCGGAUGACUAUUCUUCGUCGGAAGAAGAAAAGCAAUGGGUGACCACAAAAGAGAAGCUUUUAAAAAGACUGUUAAGGAAACAAGGUGAUACAAGUACGGACGCAGCGAAGCGCGCUAAAAUUGUUAGCGAGUUUAUAGCCAGAUGUAAGACGAUAGAAUCACGAAAACGUUAUUCACGAAGUGGCCGCUCGAGGAGAAAAAACUUUUUGGAACGACAAAAGCAACUCAGUGUUCUAUCCAGAGAGCUUUUUGGUGAAACUUCAAACGAGACAUUUCAAUCAGGGAAAAAGAGUUCGCAGAGUUUCGGAAAGGGACGGCGUAACAUCAGAAGGGUUAUAGACAAGAAGUCUUUAGCAAAAAGCACUUUGUUGGCGAACAUCGAAGAAAUUGAACGUAAACGUCGUUUGCUUCAUCGUCAGAACAAACUGAGAGAGAUAUUGGGCUGCGAGGAAGGUGUGAAUGUUGUUGUAAUAAACGACGAAGUGUGCCUUGAAUAUGAUUUUGAAGAAAAUCGUCCAGUGGUCACUGUCCACCCUUUCUUCACACAAGUCAUGAAGGUGCAUCAGUACGAGGGUGUAAAGUUCAUGUGGGACGCAUGCUUCGAGAGCCUGGAGCUGGUGGGCGAGGGGCAUCCGGGCGGCGGCUGCAUCCUCGCACACUGCAUGGGCCUCGGCAAGACGCUGCAGGUGCUGGCUCUUCUGCACACGGUGCUAACUCAUCCCCGCGUGGGUAUGCAGCGAGUGCUGGUUGUCUGUCCACUCUCCACCGUACUCAACUGGGUCGAUGAAAUAAACAAGUGGAUGGGACCCGUCAACGACACCAUAAAGGUGUUUGAACUAUCGAAGUUGAAAAAAACGUACGAGAGAGCAUACCAGUUGGAAGAUUGGUACACUGGCGGUGGUAUCUUUAUAAUGGGUUACGAAAUGUUCAGGAAUCUCUCUACAUUGGAUGAAAGAUUGGACGAUAUUCGACCAACAAUUAUAAAAAAAAUACGUACAGCAUUAUUAAACCCCGGCCCUGAUAUGAUAAUAUGUGAUGAAGGACAUCUUCUGAAGAACGACAGUUCAGUCCUCGCGGUGGCCAUCAGUAGGAUUACUACCAAACGUAGAAUAGUACUAACUGGUACUCCGAUGCAAAAUAAUCUCAGGGAAUACUAUUGUAUGGUGAAUUUUGUGAAGCCUAAUUUAUUAGGAUUGUAUUCUGAGUAUGCGAACAGAUUCGAAAAUCCGAUUAUGAACGGGCAACACCGAGAUUCUAGAGAAGAAGAUAUAAAACUAAUGAAAGCACGAACACACAUCUUGCAUAAAGUUCUAGAAGGUUGCCUACAACGGCAAGAGGCUGCAGUACUCUAUCCAUAUUUGCCAAAGAAACAUGAAUAUACAGCUUUUAUUCCAUUAACGAAGUGUCAAACGGAGUUAUACAAACAUUAUUUGAAGCAUUACGCGAAACAAGCCAAACAUAAUGUGCUAAGAGAUUAUCAUAUCCUGCAGAAGAUAUGGACCCAUCCACAAGUUCUACACAAUUUUCAGUUGAAAUCUCGUGACGCUAACAAAGUUAAAGUGGAAAAAUUAGAAGACGACCUGGCGUGUGAGGACCUGUCUGCGAGCGAGGAUGUCAAGCCCUCGCAGACGGAGGUCUGGUGGCUGGAGUACCUGGAGGGCGGCAACAUGUUGGAGGCUUUGGAGAGCUCCAAUAAACUAUACGCUGUGUUCCGCAUACUCGACGAGUGCAUUGCGCUUGGUGAUAAAGUGUUAAUAUUCUCAACGUCACUGUUCACGAUGGACGCGCUGGAGUACUUCUUGAAGAAGAUAAAGAAGUGGAGCCUAGGGCACGAGUACUACAGGUUGGACGGUUCCGUGCCUGCCGAGGUGCGGCAGAACUGGUGCCGCGAGUUCAACUCACCCAAUAACAAUACCACCAAUUUGUUCCUAAUAUCAACGCGCGCCGGCUGCCUCGGGCUGAACAUGACGGCGGCCAACCGUGUCAUCAUCCUUGACACCUCAUGGAACCCCGCCCAUGAUAUACAGAGCAUCUUCCGAGUCUACCGCUUCGGACAGAAGAAGGACUGUUAUAUAUACAGACUCGUUGCCAUGGGUACAAUGGAGCAGAAGAUCUACGAGCGGUCAGUGACGAAGCAGGCGGUGGCAUGCCGAGUUGUCGACUCGCAGCAGAUAGACCGUCACUACAACAUGGACGAACUCACUGAGCUGUACAAUUUCGACGAGACGGGUUCAGGUGUUGAGAGCGGUGUGGCGGCUGGUGUGACGGACGUAGCGCUGCUGCGUGUGGCGCGCGAUGCUCCGCUGCACGCGGUGUACGAGCACGACUCUCUGCUGCGUGACUCGCACGACCAGCAGCUGCCGGAACACGAGCGAGCCGCCGCCUGGAGGCAGUUCGAGAUGGAACAGGGGCACUCGCAAAUGGCAAAUCUUGAAAAUAAUUCAUCGAUAAUACCAACAAAAAAUAUUCAUGGACCCGAUUACGCUGUGCCACCAAGUGUGGCACUUGAUGCUACAACCAGUACAAAUACGAAACCUAAAAGUAAAAGAGGGAGGAAGCCUAAACAAAAGCUUUUAGAAAAUACGGUUACAGAAGAAAAUGCAGGAGAAAAUCUUGUUAUAAAUGAAGAAAGCUCAUCUGUUGAUCAGUUCAAUUUAACGGAGGUGCAACAAAUUAAAAAUAUUUUAGUAGAACAAAAUGCACAAAAUGAUUUUAGUGAUACAAAUAACAUUGAAAAUUUAGUAAACCAUGUGCAAAAAGUAGUCGAAGCUCGAUUAAAAGGUGAAAAAUUUCGUGCUGCACCUUUAGUGGAAAGUCUAGCACAAGUGUUUCUCCAGAUGAAAGGUAAAGACUUUGCUACUACAAGUAUUCAAAUGCCGACCGCAUCUGUUGUUGAAGACGAACAUGCCACGAGUGAAGAUAAUCCCAAAACUUACAAGAAUAGUAAAAGAAAACAUCAAAUUGGUACGCAUAAAGCAAACAACAUAAUACACGAUGUUGACGAAGACGAUAGCAUUGGAGAAAUUAAAAAAAGAAAAGCAGCUGUCAAAGCAAAAGAAUAUAUAGAUUCAUUAAAUUUAAAAGAUACCAAAGAUACUAAAGAUGAUGAAAAUUGGUCGCAAGAACAAAAUAAUACCAAUUUAGAUACGAGACAAAGUAAAGGAAACCAAAAUGAAUCUAAUGACGAAUUUGAUCAGGCGAUAGAUUUACGAUCGGGUGAUGAAAUGUCCGUUGAAGAUGAUACUAGUGCAGAUAAAAUUGAUAAAUCUAAAACGGUUAUGGUAGAAAUACCUGAUGAUGGCGAAUCAACCUUGAAGAGUAUUAUUUUAAGUGAUGAUGAAACAGUCAUUGAAGUUGAUAAACCAGAAGCGACUAAUACAAAAGACUGUGAUAAAGUUCAAGAUAAUGAAGAUGAAAGGAUACCUUUACACGCGUCUUUAUUAAUAAACGAACAUUUUAUUAAAAUGAUUGCCUAUAAAUAUAUGGAGGGUAACCCCGUAUUGGACAUAGACGCUGCACUUCACGCGGCACGUUAUAGUGCACAAAAAGCUUUGAAAGAAAUAAAUGAAACUGGAAACAAUUUGUAUGGUGGUCCGCUCUACGAUAUAGCUGUAAAAUCAAUAGGCUUAGAUACAUUAAAGCGACUACAGAACUUUCCUAAAAAGAAUAACCCCGAGUCACAUUCAACGAAAGAUAACAAAGAUUCAUCCAAAAAUGAACCAGUAAUUAGUCAAUCUGAAGACAAUCAAGCGAACGAUGACGUCAUUAAAAGUAAAAGAGUUUAUAAAAAUAAAUCGGAUUUAACCAAGGAAAGUGUUAGCUCGAAAAGACACGAAAGAAUAAGCUCAACGGAUUCCGAUGAUUUAGUAAUAUUAUCGGAUGAAGUUAUAUGUGAAAACCCGAAAAAUAAAAAAUCGAUUAGUACCAAAACACAAGAAACUCAGCGGGAAUCUCUCAAGACUAAUGCAAGUAAAGCCAACGAAAUUUUAAACCCGGCGUCGACGUCUGCGCCUGCGCCUCCGCCAGUCACCAGCAAAAAGUUUGAAACAUCUUCAGUAUCUAAGCUUCGUAGUGAACGAGACAUGGUAGUUCCUAUUCAGCUGAUCAAAAGUUCAUCGAAUGCAACAAUAACAAUGACAAGACCAACAAUACCUCUGGCUGAGGAAAGCAUUCUGCCAGAUGACGACGAUGACGUGUGCUAUAUCAAUGACACACCUCCUGCUGCAUCCACCAGCAAUAACACAUCAACCUCACUAGUUAUAUCUGAAGUACGCUCUGGAGACAUAUCUCUAACACAACCCGUUCCUACAACAAAAUCAAACGUACUAACAAUCGAUUCAGAAAAAGUCCCUUACCCUGUCGAAAAUCCUCUACCAUCUAUUGAUGUAGACAAUGAAUUGACAGAAGCUAUUAGGAAUAUACAUAAUGUAGAUAAUUCAGAUAAAAAUGAAAAUUCUAUAACAAUAUGCUUAGACAGCGACGAUGAGGAUGACAUUGUCAGUUCUAAAGAAACUCAGGCGAGCUCACAACCCCAACCACCACCAAACCCAGUGUUCAUAUCAGUGACACCCACAAAUACUAUUGCUUCACCAUCCACUAUCUCCAACACAACUGUGAACACGCAAUCACAAAUAUCGAAGAGUACCACAACUUUGUUAUUUAAACCUACGCCUACCAUUGUUCCUUUCUCUCAAUUGCAGUCUGCAGCUAAUAUAACCAAUCUGUUGAACUCAGGUGCAAAUAAUUUUUAUAAACCCGGUGAUAUGAUAAAGAUUAAUCAAAAUGGUGAAAUAUUUUUAUUGAAUCCAAAUCAGACCACCCUAACUAGAUUGUCAACAAGCCCGACAGCUAUACACAACUCACCCACUAUAGUUACACAGAACCCGAAAGUAGGUAAUAUAGCAAUUAAUACUCUUCAAAUAAAUACACCUAAACCAAAAACAAGUAUGUCGAGAAAAGUCCCCCCUGCGUCUGGGACACCAGAACAAAAUAAACCAAUUUCUUACCCACCGAUUGCACCAAAACUAACCAUAAUACCACUACAAAUGAAGAAUAGCAAAAAUAAAUCAUCGGUGGUCCCCGAAAAGAGAACGAUUGAAAUAUACUACCCGAACAAGAAAAUUAGAGUACCAGAUACGAAACGUAACAAUGAAGUUGUAUCGGAAUUUCUGGAUCUGACAGAUAUUGACCAAAAUGAUGUUCCAAAGACCGCGGCUAAUAUAUUUUCUGUUCCGAAUGUUGGAGCUCACACAAGUAAUACAAAGAGUGGAGUCUCUGUGGUCGGCUCACCCAAAGAUUUCAUGUUCGUACGCGCUGGAGACAAGACAAAAUUAGAAACAACAACAUCACGAAAACGCAAGGAACCUACGAUGCCUGCACUCGGUCAAUAUGACUUCAAGAAAAAGCUAACAACAGAAGUUGCCGGUCCAUCGAAGAAGACGAAAAUAUCAUCUUUCGAUAAGUUAAGUUUGCAUGACUUCAAUAUUGACAAAAUCGAUGACGACAUUAUAGAACUCGAAUAGGUUAGUUUUUUAUUUUGUAGUUUUAGUUAAGAAAAAUUGUUUUCCAAUUUAAUUCGUCAAGUCAUUUGUCCCGUUAUAACAGUUUCCAAAAAUUGUGUUAAAACUGGGAAAAGUUAGUUGGAAAGAUUUCUCAAAUAUAGUCCUGUGAUAUAAUUAUCUAUACUAGUUCUAUUUUUCAUUAUCGGUUUAAGAAUUAUUUAGCUGUAAGUUAGACAGAACCGACAACCGACGUGAAGUUGUCUUUGGUUGGUACGAGUGAAUGAACGAAACACUAAUUGAACGAGUGACCAAAAGAUGCAUGAAAAAAAAUUGUACAUUCCGGUGUGUUUUUGCCGCGAAAAACUAAAUGGGACAAAGAUUAUUGACUUUUAUUUUACUUUUAAACAUCGGUGUUUUAAUAUCAUAAUUUUAACAUGAAACUUUUUAAAGCACUGUUGAAAAGUCGAAGUUAUGGUUCCACCAAAUAAGGAAAUAUAAUUUCUUCGGUAAUUCGGCUCUGGAAAUAUUUUCUUUUGAUAAAAAAAUCGAACUAUUUAUGCCAGAUACAACCAUGACUAUUUUUUAUUUUGCAUUUCCAUUAUACUAUGUUUUAACCGCGUCCUGUUAUUUUUAUUUGUGGACUUUAGUUUUUAAUUUGUUAUACGGCUUGUUUUUUUUUUCAACUAUUUGAUAUUUGUUGCGAUAACUAUAUUGUAAGUAGGUUUGCGACUGAAAUGCUUGUUUAUCCUAUUAUUACAUAAUUAUUGAGUAAUUAAGUGAAAAAUAAGUUUUUUUAAUGUUUACAUAUGUUGUAAUCCUCACAUUUAAGGACUUUAAUGAUAAUUUACUUCUGUAUUGUAUGUACUAUUCUCUAUAUACAGAUAGGUUAUUGUUCAGACUUACCGUGGUUUUCCGAGUCAAAAAUCUCCGUUUAAAACAUAUUGUUAUCUUUGUGAUGUCAAAGACAACAGGGGUGAUGUUACUUUUAUUUAGAUAUUUGGAGUCUAAAACCCACGUUUAAACGCGCGUCUUGAAGUUCCUAACAGUUCAUUCUAUCUAUAUUUUUAGUUGGAAUUCGCACCAACACUAGUUACCGCAACUAUUAACGCCGAAAUGGCAAUCAAAUAGGCACAAAAUAACAUGGUUUAUAACCUAUCUGAAUAGAGAUUAGUGAUUGUAUGUCUACCAUGUGUCAAGGUUGGCGUAAUCUCAUAUAUAAAAUUCUCGUGUCACAAUUUUCGUUCCCAUACUCCUCCGAAACGGCUUGACCGAUUCUCAUGAA